UUCCACCGCAGGUUCGGGCCAGGAGCAGGCGGAACGUUUCUGUCACGCCGCCGAUUAACCUCCGCGCGGGGACCGUUUAGGCAGGGGCGCGUCGCUCUUCACGCGUGUUGCAGCGAAAGCGGGCGCGGGGGCUCCGCUUGUUUCUGCCUUGGUCGGGAGCAGCGCAGCAUGGAUGUGCUCGCGGAGGAGUUCGGGAACCUGACCCCAGAGCAGCUGGCGGCGCCCAUCCCCACCGUAGAGGAAAAAUGGAGGCUACUUCCAGCAUUUUUAAAGGUGAAAGGCCUUGUGAAACAGCAUAUAGAUUCAUUCAACUAUUUCAUUAAUGUGGAGAUAAAGAAGAUCAUGAAGGCCAACGAAAAGGUCACGAGUGAUGCCGACCCCAUGUGGUACCUGAAGUAUCUUAAUAUCUAUGUGGGGCUUCCUGAUGUUGAAGAAAGCUUCAAUGUAACUAGACCAGUAUCCCCUCAUGAGUGCCGUUUACGGGAUAUGACGUACUCUGCCCCCAUCACCGUGGAUAUUGAAUAUACCCGAGGCAGCCAGAGGAUCAUCCGUAAUGCCUUACCAAUUGGCAGAAUGCCCAUAAUGCUGCGUAGUUCGAACUGUGUUCUUACAGGGAAGACACCAGCAGAAUUUGCCAAACUGAACGAAUGUCCUUUAGAUCCAGGUGGCUACUUCAUUGUCAAAGGAGUAGAAAAAGUAAUUCUUAUCCAAGAGCAGCUGUCUAAGAACAGGAUCAUUGUGGAGGCUGACAGGAAAGGGACGGUUGGUGCUUCAGUUACCAGCUCUACCCAUGAGAAAAAAAGCAGAACCAAUAUGGCUGUGAAACAGGGGCGAUUUUAUUUGAGACAUAAUACUCUGUCAGAAGAUAUUCCCAUUGUCAUCAUAUUUAAGGCCAUGGGUGUUGAGAGUGACCAGGAAAUUGUACAGAUGAUUGGAACAGAGGAGCACGUGAUGGCUGCAUUUGGGCCCAGUUUGGAAGAGUGCCAGAAAGCUCAGAUUUUCACACAGAUGCAGGCAUUAAAAUAUAUAGGGAACAAAGUAAGGAGGCAAAGGAUGUGGGGCGGUGGACCAAAGAAGACGAAGAUAGAAGAGGCAAGAGAGCUCCUGGCUUCUACCAUCCUCACACACGUGCCAGUUAAAGAAUUCAAUUUCCGAGCGAAGUGUAUCUACACUGCAGUGAUGGUGCGAAGAGUAAUUCUGGCCCAAGGAGAUAAUAAAGUGGAUGACCGAGACUAUUAUGGUAACAAGCGAUUGGAGUUGGCAGGACAGCUUUUAUCACUUCUUUUUGAAGAUUUAUUCAAAAAAUUUAAUUCUGAAAUGAAGAAGAUUGCAGACCAGGUGAUUCCUAAGCAAAGAGCAGCUCAGUUUGAUGUUGUGAAACACAUGCGUCAGGACCAGAUUACCAACGGCAUGGUGAAUGCCAUUUCUACAGGAAAUUGGUCUCUCAAGAGAUUUAAAAUGGACCGCCAGGGUGUGACUCAAGUCUUGUCUCGCUUGUCAUAUAUAUCUGCCCUGGGCAUGAUGACAAGAAUCUCCUCUCAGUUUGAAAAAACAAGAAAAGUGAGUGGUCCUCGUUCCCUCCAGCCAUCUCAGUGGGGAAUGCUCUGUCCCUCGGACACUCCUGAAGGAGAGGCAUGUGGUUUGGUUAAAAACUUGGCCCUUAUGACGCACAUCACAACUGACAUGGAAGAUGGACCCAUUGUUAAAUUAGCCAGUAACCUGGGGGUAGAAGAUGUGAAUUUAUUAUGUGGGGAAGAACUCUCUUAUCCAAAUGUGUUUCUCGUCUUCCUCAAUGGUAACAUCCUGGGUGUGAUUCGAGACCACAAGAAGCUAGUGAAUACAUUUCGACUGAUGCGAAGAGCAGGCUAUAUCAAUGAAUUUGUUUCCAUCUCAACAAAUCUCACAGAUCGAUGUGUCUAUAUUUCCUCUGAUGGAGGAAGGCUUUGCAGACCCUACAUUAUCGUUAAGAAACAGAAGCCUGCAGUCACAAAUAAGCAUAUGGAAGAGCUGGCUCAGGGAUACAGGAAUUUUGAAGACUUCUUACAUGAGAGUCUGGUUGAAUAUUUAGAUGUGAAUGAAGAAAAUGACUGUAACAUCGCACUCUAUGAACAUACAAUUAAUAAGGAUACCACCCACUUGGAGAUUGAGCCCUUUACUCUCCUUGGUGUUUGUGCCGGCCUCAUCCCAUACCCUCAUCACAACCAGUCCCCAAGAAACACAUAUCAGUGUGCCAUGGGGAAGCAAGCCAUGGGUACCAUUGGAUACAACCAGCGGAACAGAAUCGAUACUCUCAUGUAUCUACUAGCAUACCCACAAAAACCCAUGGUUAAAACAAAGACCAUUGAGUUGAUAGAAUUUGAGAAACUGCCAGCUGGACAAAAUGCAACAGUUGCCGUGAUGAGUUACAGUGGCUAUGAUAUUGAAGAUGCCCUGGUUUUAAACAAGGCGUCCCUGGACAGGGGCUUUGGGCGUUGUCUUGUAUAUAAAAAUGCUAAAUGUACACUGAAACGCUAUACCAAUCAGACCUUUGAUAAAGUGAUGGGGCCGAUGUUGGAUGCUGCUACAAGGAAACCCAUCUGGCGACAUGAAAUUUUAGAUGCGGAUGGUAUUUGUUCUCCAGGUGAGAAGGUAGAAAACAAACAAGUGCUGGUAAAUAAGUCCAUGCCCACAGUAACCCAGAUUCCUUUGGAAGGAAGUAAUGUGCCACAGCAGCCACAGUACAAAGAUGUGCCCAUCACCUACAAAGGAGCAACGGAUUCCUACAUUGAAAAAGUGAUGAUCUCUUCAAAUGCUGAAGAUGCUUUUCUGAUCAAAAUGCUGCUGAGACAGACCAGGCGUCCAGAGAUUGGAGACAAAUUCAGCAGCCGUCAUGGGCAAAAAGGUGUUUGCGGCUUGAUCGUCCCGCAGGAAGACAUGCCAUUCUGUGAUUCUGGCAUCUGUCCGGACAUCAUAAUGAACCCACACGGCUUCCCAUCACGAAUGACGGUGGGAAAGCUGAUUGAGCUGUUGGCGGGCAAGGCUGGUGUGCUGGACGGGAGGUUCCACUAUGGCACUGCGUUUGGAGGCAGCAAAGUGAAAGAUGUGUGUGAAGACCUCGUUCGCCAUGGUUAUAACUACUUGGGGAAAGACUUUGUGACAUCUGGCAUUACAGGCGAGCCCUUAGAAGCAUACAUCUAUUUUGGCCCGGUGUACUAUCAGAAACUGAAGCACAUGGUGUUGGAUAAGAUGCAUGCCCGAGCCCGGGGGCCACGAGCUGUUCUCACCAGGCAGCCCACUGAAGGUCGGUCUCGUGAUGGCGGUUUGCGUCUUGGAGAAAUGGAACGUGACUGUUUAAUCGGCUACGGAGCCAGCAUGCUCCUACUAGAGAGAUUGAUGAUUUCAAGUGAUGCCUUUGAAGUUGAUGUCUGUGGGCAGUGUGGACUUCUGGGGUAUUCUGGCUGGUGCCAUUACUGCAAGUCAUCAUGCCAUGUGUCUUCCCUCCGCAUCCCAUAUGCCUGCAAGCUGCUCUUCCAGGAGCUGCAGUCUAUGAACAUCAUCCCCCGGUUAAAACUGUCCAAAUACAAUGAGUAAGGACAGAAAAGGUGAUUAUUUAAAGAGAACAACCGGUAGUUCCAACACAGUGGAUAGUAGAGGGGAUUGAGGACCACGUCUCCUUCUGUAAUUCCUUUGAAUGUACCCCCUCAAAGAAGAAAGAUGAGGAGGCUUUCUUACACUAGGGAUGGACCACACAGCCUUGAUCAGUGAGCCACGGGCACUGGGAGAUAUAUGCUGCCAACACGGACAGUGAUGCAAUGUCUUGUUCCUGUACUGAAUGCGAUUCACAAAUGGAUGUGACCUAAAAGAUAAAUAAACUUUUAUUUAUGUUCUGGUAUCUUGACAUCUACUCAUGA